CACUUUCUCGUCUUUCGCGCUUAAAGCAGAUCCCAGUGUUAUUCUACUUCUUUCUCUUAUAGUUAGUCACGAUCCCUUGCUUCUAAACGAGGUUUCUCUGUAUGGGGACUCUAAAAACUCCAUCGAGAUUUCUAUGCCGCGAACCAACAGAAAUCUCCGUUAUCAGGUGGUGUAGUGCAGUUGGGCAGGUGGGUUUCGGGUAUUUGUACAGAAAUAGGAAAAUAAGCAAAGGAAGUCAGUCUUUAGUAGUGAAAAGAAGAUCAUAUACAGAGGAACGCAAUGGCGAGGAUUCCAUUACAAGUGGUAGAAAUUCUGAAGACGAGGAGCAAAGAAAAGGUCUUCUAUUGGGGACUGAGAGGGAUAAUUCUGGCUCUGUUAUUGGGUUUCAGCUGAUUCCUCACUCUGAUGUCAUGGAAACACAGGAUAAUAUAGCUAUUGGAAAGGAGGAGUUGUCUGAAGACAUCGAAAGAGGAGAGGAAGCCUCAACCAAGGUAACCUACAGUGUUGUUUUUGUUACUUCUGAAGCAGCUCCAUAUUCCAAGACAGGAGGCUUGGGAGAUGUCUGUGGCUCUUUACCUGUGGCACUGGCUACACGAGGACACCGUGUAAUGGUUGUCUCCCCUAGAUAUUUGGAUGGAGGACCAUCAGACAAGAAGUUUGCCAAUGCUGUCGAAGUUGAUCAGCGGAGUAAGAUUUACUGCUUUGGUGGUGUGCAUGAGGUUACGUUCUUCCAUGAAUACAGGGCAGGUGUUGAUUGGGUCUUUGUUGACCACCCUUCAUACCAUCGCCCCGGAACUCCAUAUGGUGAUAUUUUUGGUGCUUUUGGUGAUAAUCAGUUUCGGUUCAACUUGCUUUGUCAUGCAGCCUGUGAAGCUCCCCUAGUGCUUCCAUUGGGAGGGUUCACUUAUGGAGAAAAGUGUGUCUUUCUUGCAAAUGAUUGGCAUGCUGCCCUAGUUCCAGUACUCUUGGCAGCCAAGUAUCGUCCAUAUGGCGUUUAUAAGGAUGCUCGAAGUAUUCUCGUAAUACAUAAUCUUGCACAUCAGGGAGUGGAAGCUGCAGCAACAUACGAGUAUUUGGGAUUGCCUCCUGAGUGGUACAAGGCACUGGAGUGGGUAUUUCCCACGUGGGCAAGGACACAUGCUCUUGAUACUGGUGAAGCAGUUAAUGUUUUGAAAGGUGCAAUUGUUACCGCAGACAGGAUACUGACAGUUAGCCAGGGUUAUUCUUCGGAAAUAACGACUCCUGAAGGUGGAUACGGUUUACAUGAGCUGUUGAGCAGUCGAAAGGCAGUUCUUAAUGGAAUCACCAAUGGAAUUGAUAUCAAUGAAUGGAACCCAUCUUCGGAUGAGCACAUUGCUUCGCACUACUCUGUCAAUGACCUUUCAGGGAAGGUUCAGUGCAAGAUUGCAUUGCAAAAGGAAUUGGGUCUACCAAUACGACCAGAAUGCCCUUUGAUUGGGUUUAUUGGGAGACUGGACUACCAGAAAGGUGUAGACAUUAUUCUUUCAGCAAUUCCAGAACUUAUGCAAGAAGAUGUCCAAUUUAUAAUGCUUGGAUCUGGGGAGAAACAGUAUGAAGACUGGAUGCGAAACCUGGAGUCAGUUUACAGAGAAAAAUUUCGGGGUUGGGUUGGGUUUAAUGUUCCCGUUUCUCAUAGGAUAACAGCAGGCUGUGAUAUAUUAACGAUGCCUUCACGAUUUGAACCAUGCGGUCUAAACCAGUUGUAUGCAAUGAGAUAUGGCACCAUUCCCGUUGUCCACAGCACCGGGGGGCUUAGAGACACUGUAAAACAUUUCAAUCCAUAUGCUGAGGAACCCAGUGGGGAAGGCACAGGGUGGACAUUUUCUCCUCUAUCAAGAGAGAAUUUGAUUGCAGCACUAAAAUUAGCUAUCGGGACUUACAUAGAACACAAUUCUUCUUGGGAAGGAUUGGUGAAACGAGGAAUGGAGAGAGAGUCUUCUUGGGAUAGAGCAGCAAUUCAAUACGAGCAAGUUUUUGAAUGGGCAUUCACCGAUCCUCCUUAUGCUGGCUGAAUUGACAGGAAUGACAAGUAGCCGCUGAAAGUUGACAAGAACUCGUGAUCAUGCUUUUGACCAGAUAACAUCAUUGGUGAUGGUCAAUAGUCGUUCUUUUUCACCACGUAAGUUAUGCCUGCAUUAUAUGGAGAAUCCUGAUUUAGACAUUUCGUCUUUCUGUUAGAUACACUUCAGUCUAUACAAUGCCGACGUUAAUUGGCUGAGUCUAUUUCAUGGCCACCCUUUAAUCGUUCUUUGGCUGGCUGGGGAGAGUUUUAAUGAGAGAGUGUCUUGCAUUGUAUUGUUUACAGUGUUCAUUGUCUGUCUGUCCAUACAUGAGAUUACUUAUCAAGGCAAAGCCAGGUUUUGAUUGUUUGUAAGUUGCUGUGUGAAUCUGAAAAUGGGAUGGUUUUCUUCAGUGAUUAUGCUACGAAAAUGUCUGAUAAUUUUGAAAAGAAAACAAUUAUUUAAUUGUCA